UUCUACGUCCGCCUGCUCUCGUCUGCUUUCCAGGCGAGGCGCAGUUCAACUCGAACGAGCCUAUUGACUCCCCUUUAAGAGAUGUGGGAUGCGACGUGUGUCAUCCAACCCUGUCCAAGAACCCGCUGGUGGAGUUGAGUCUAGGACGUAUAGCUAGACCAAAUAAAUCAACAAACGACAGGGGGGAGGAGAAAAAAGGAAAUUCCCUUCUGUCUUUUCCUCUUCCUGAGCAUCUUGCACUGCGCAGUGUUGGCGACACCACCGGGGAGCGGUGCGCAUUUUCUGUCGAUCUGACGAGUGGCCCAACACGCAAACACCUCAAUCUGAAAACCAAUGAGGAAAUAACGGUUCUUCUCUUAUUUUGAAAGCAUUUUAUUCAUGCACUGACUCGGGAGGAAAGACAGCCAAACCUGAUGCCCCCUCCAAACGGGAUAUUUGACCGACCUAUGGAGUGUUGAUUUACAUUCCGUCAUUUCCCAAGAAUAUUUUUUGGACACUCCGAGGAGCCUCGCUUGCACCGCAAUUUUUUCAUUGGCCUAUUUCAUUAUUUUUUUAAUAAUUGCUGCGGGCUGAGAAAAUAGCUUUCAUUGCCAGUUGAGUGUUACAUAAUCGAGUGGCAUUAGCUGUCCAAGGUGCUGAACGGAACGGUUGGAGCCUGGACGAGUCGAGGGGAAUUCACAACCUUGCAAGGUCACAGGCCUGUAUCAAUCGGGGAAGAGGAACGCACGGGAUUCGCUCACUGAACCACCGGGAAGCAGCCGGGAUACAUUCAUACAUUUUUUUUUUCAUCGUCCUGUGGCGACAUACAUUCCUGAGGUGGUCGAUUCAACGGAGAGAAAAUGUCGGGGCAAACCCUCACGGAUCGCAUCGCCGCUGCGCAAUACCAGCUAACGGGAUCAGAUAUGGCCCGGGCUGUCUGCAAAGCCACCACUCAUGAAGUGAUGGCGCCCAAGAAAAAGCACCUGGAGUACCUGGUGUCAGCCACCAACACCACCAACGUGAACAUCCCUCAGAUGGCUGACACGCUGUUUGAGCGAGCCACCAAUGCCAGCUGGGUGGUCGUCUUCAAGGCCCUGGUCACCAGUCAUCACAUGUGUGUCCACGGCAAUGAGAGAUUCAUUCAGUACUUGGCUUCCAGGACCUCUCUGUUUAACCUCAGCAACUUUAUCGACAAAACCGGCGCUCACGGCUAUGAUAUGUCGACAUUCAUCAGACGGUAUGGACGAUACCUGAACGAGAAAGCCUUCGCCUACCGCCAGAUGGCUUUUGAUUUCACCAGAGUCAAGAAAGGUGCUGAGGGUGUGAUGAGGACCAUGACCACUGAGAAGCUGUUGAAAGGCAUGCCUGUUCUGCAGACUCAGAUUGACACACUCCUGGAGUUUGAUGUUCAUCCCAAGGAGCUUAACAAUGGGAUCAUCAAUGCUGCAUUCCUGAUCAUGUUCAAGGACCUGGUCAAACUGUUUGCGUCCUACAACGACGGAGUCAUCAACCUAUUAGAGAAAUACUUCAAGAUGAAGAAGAGUGACUGUAAGGAGGCCUUGGAGAUCUACAAGAGGUUCCUGACCAGAGUGACAAAGAUUGGGGAAUUCAUGAAGCUGGCCGAGACAAUCGGAGUUGACAAAAACGACAUUCCUGACAUCAACUACGCUCCCAGCAGUAUCCUGGAGAGUCUGGAAACACACAUGAAUGGCUUGGAAGAUGUGAAGGGUGGAAAGAAGGGUGAAGGGUCUCCAACAAAGGGGUCUCCGACGAACAAUGUGUCUCCAACAUCGACUCCAGCCAAAUCUUCAAACGCUGUUCCAGUGCUGCAGCCUCCUCCUGGGGAGAGUGCUGCCGCUGCUGCUGCUGCUGCUGAGCCAGCUGAAGAUUCCUUGUUGGACCUGGACCCACUGUCCUCCUCGGGUCCCUCAGGACAAUCAGCUGCCCCCACGUCUUGGGGAGAUCUUCUUGGAUCAGAAAUGGGCGAUUCCUUGCUAUCUGAACCCACCCUCACAGCAGAGCCCAACCCCUCCUCAGCAGCAGCAACGCCCACUCCUGCAGCGGCAGAACCGGGAGUCUCUCUAGCUCCUCCCACUAGCACAGCAGCCUCCACCUCCCCUGGCGCCGCCAAUAUGGAUCUGUUGGGAGAUGCCUUUACAACACCUGCUCCUGCCACCGAGGCCUCUGCAGCAGCCGCUGAAGGUGGGGCCGCCGCCACGUCCGCCCCUGCUGCCAACGCUGGAGCUGCGGAUGUAUACAGCUCCCCUGCCCCCAUCCUCUGCUCUGCACCCCCGGCCAAAAUUGACACGGGAGCCAUCAUGAACCUGUUUGGUGAGUCCACAGGAGGAGAUGCCACAGCCGCUGCUGCUCCUGCUGCCCCCGGUGCUGAACUCAUGUCAGUAUUUGAUGGACUAGGGGAUGUAAUGAAGCCCACUUUGACCCCUCAGGCGGGGGAUGUUGACACCUCCAUGGCCAACAUGGCAAGUAAUCUCACAAUGGGAAACCCAGCGGCACCUCAGGUAGCUCCCCCCUGUUGGGGUGCUCCCAUGGCCGGGGCACCAGGAGCUCCCAUGAUGCCGAUGGUGAGGCCAAGCUUCCCUGCCACCGGAGCAACCCCUGGACCACCGAUGUCUCCCGGAGCGGCCCAGAGCCCCAGAAAGCCUCCACCACCGAGGAACGCUCUGGAUGACCUCAACAUUAAGGACUUCAUGUAGACGGACUGACCUAUAAAUCCCCAAGAUUUGUCAUUGUGUCUGGAGCUCUGUGGAUGUGGAUGGCUGCACUUCCCCCACUGCCUUCCCCUCAGUCAUGCCCCAGCCCCUUCAGCCAACCAGCCAUUACAUCUAUACGAUCUUUGCCCUCUGACCUCGUACCAACCGCGAACCCUAAAAAGAACCCCCUGCCCUCCUUAUCUAAUGUUGUAGCACAACUGUGAAUGUGAACCCUAGUUACCGAGAAACAAAUCUCUGUUUAUGUGUGUGUGGGUGUGUGUAAUUCAGUGUUAACCUUUACUUAAUAUACUAUGAAAAAACUUACAAAAAAAUAAAUAAAUGUGUAUUUAGAUUCAUUCUGGUUUUUCGCAUAUCAGCUGACUUGGAAUGGUGGAUAAAUGUUGGUUUCUUUGCGCAUCUCCCAGACGAGGACUGUGUUGUUAAAUGUGGACUGUGUUCAGUGUGUGUAACUUCACUGGCCAACCCCCACUCCCACUCCUCUACCCCUGUUGUCCAAACUAAUACUGAGCUAUGUUUAUGUCAUUAAAAACUUGGUUGUACCUAUAUCUGCUUGGCCAUUCAUCCCCCCACCUGUCUACUUUCAAGUUUUUAGAGAACAGUUCAAAAUGUACCUGAAAACAACUUGCACUGUAAAUCUGGACUUAUCAUCGAACACAUCAAAUUGUGUUCAGUUUAACCUUUUUUUUCUUCUUUUUUUUUAAGGAUUGUAUGAAACAUGCAAAUGUGUUCACAUUGAUUUAUGCAUUUUAGACUAUUUCAAAUGUUAGAUUAUACAUAUUUUCUUUAAUCUUUAUUUUGAGACACAACAAAUGUAUCAUAUAUUUUUAGUUAUGUCAAAUCAUAUGGUUCAAAAUAAGGCAAGUAGACAAAAAAAAAAAAAUUCCCGCCUUCUUUGUAUAUACCUCUCAAUCUGUAAUCGGAGGCAGUAUUGAAUGGAAACGUUGCCCCUGUUGUGCCCUCAGCUGGUGUGGAGUGGUACUGCAUCACAGCAUGCAACACUGGUCAAUCUAGGAUGCAUUCUAAUACUCUCAGAGAGCUCCUUUCCUUGUCUCGGUCUCCACACAAGAUGACUUAAUGUUAGGGUGGAAAUCAAAGGGACAAGGAGGCACUUGUGUAUGUGAUUGGGAUGUGGCCUCUUUGAGUGACGCCGCAGCGGUCGGUACAUUUGUUAAUGUACUGCCACUGGAAGUCUUGAGGACUCUCACUGUAAAGCACUCAAGUAUAUGCUGGAUGUUUUGUGUGUUGUUUAUUUCCAAAAGUGACUGUAUCUUAAUCCAUUGUGGCAUUAACGAAGUGUUGAAAGAAAAAUAAAGAUGACUAUGACACAUAAAAAAACAAAAACAAUGUGGAUAAAUAAUGUUUGCUAAGUAUUCAAAUGAAGGCUGUGUUGUUUUUUUGGAGAUUAUGAUGGACGGCAUCGUUCUUUCUCCCUCAUCCCCACCUGCAUGUGAGUCCAAAUGAGAUGCAAUAAAAGACAAAUACACUGAUCCAAA